GAGGAGGAGGGCAAGCAGCUCGGCAAGCCAAAGCCGCCCAAGCCGCCGCCGCUCAAGCCGCCGCUCCAGCCGCCGCUCCAGAAGCAGAGCUCGGUCGGCUCAACGUCGGACGCGUCGACCGAGCGCGCGAGCUCGCCGACGCCGCUGAUCAAGGACCGGUGCGGCCAAGGCUUCUGCCUGCUCAACAAUGUGGCCAUCGCCGCCAAGUACGCCCUGCUGCAGCAUGCCGCCGCGGUGCGCCGCGUCGCCAUCAUCGACUGGGACUUGCACCACGGCAACGGCACCGAGGAGAUCGUGCGCUCGUGGGGCUGCGACAACGUGCUCUACGCCUCCCUGCACGGCGCAGAGCAGUUCUUUUACCCGGAGACGGGGACGGCACUCCAGCUCGAGCCGACGCUGGUCAACGUGCCGCUCGCGCGCGGCACGCCUCCCGACGAGUACCUCGCCGCCUUCGACCGCUACGUCGUCCCCGCGAUCGACGCCUUCCGCCCCGACUUGCUCCUCCUCUCGUGCGGCUUCGACGCGCACCGCGACGACGCGCCCGACCUGUCCGGCUUCAUCCGGCUCGAGGUCGAAACCUACACCGCCCUCACUGCGCGCGCCGCGGCGCUCGCGAAGCGGCACUGCGGCGGCCGGCUCCUCUCCCUCCUCGAGGGGGGGUAUAACCUCGACGCGCUCGAGAAGAACGCAGAGGCGCAUGUCGUCGAGCUCGUCCACCAAGCUGCGCCGCCGCCGCCGCCGGCCGAGCCCACGCCGUUCGCGCCGCCGCCCGCUGCGGCGGUGGAGGCUGUUGCUGCGGGCGCGGCGGCGGCGGCAAUGAGCCGGCUGGGGGCGGGGCUCCCGGUGGCGAACGCGGUGCCAAUUCCCGUCGGCGCAGGGGCGUGCGGCGGCGCAGUCUAUGCCGCGCCUCUCGGUGCGCCGGUGUGUGGCGGCCUCGCGCCGCAGCACCCUUUUGCGGCGCCGCACGCACAGCCGGUGGCGGCGCAGGCCGUGCCAGCACAGCCGGUGGCGGCGCAACCCAUGGGCAUGCCCGUUGCUGCCACCCCAGUGCAACCCGGGCUGGCGCAGCCGGUCGCGUAUGCGCAGCCGAUGCAGACGGCGUUCGCACAGCCCGGGCUGGUGCAAGGGGCGGGGAUGGUGCAAGGGGCGGGGAUGGUGCAAGGGGCGGGGAUGGUGCAGGGCUACGCCUCGGUGCCGGCGCCGGCGCAGCUGCCGCCAACGCCGGGCCACCGCCUCGCCCAGGCGUGGCAGGCUGCAGCCGGGCAGGGCCAAGCAGCGCAGGGGCAGGCUGUGGAUAGCGGCGCGCCGCCGGCAGCCGCGGCUCGCCAGCCGCGCCAGCGGGCGGCGCCGUCGCCCCCGGCGCAGGCUUCGGCCGGGGAGGCGCCUUCGCUGGCGGCUGUUGACUGGCAGGGCGAGCGAAUCGAGGUCUGGUGGCCGCUCGACAAGACUUGGUUCGCGGGUCGGCUGAGCGGCGUCGCGUCGGACGGCGUGCGGGUGCACAUCAAGUACGACGACGGCGACGAGGAGGACCUCGAUUUGGCCAACGAGAAGUGGAGGGUGUGCAAGGACAAGCGGGCCGCGUCGAGAACGGGGUGAUGGGUUUUCGCUUUCUCGCCUUCAGCGAGAGCUCCCGGCUUGCACAGUCGGGCGGGCCUGGACACGAGCGACCCGAGGCUAUUUUGCUUUUUUACAAGAUACAAGUCAGUU